CCAUCGCAGCCCUUAUAGCACUCGCAUACAGAUCCAACAUCUCCACAGUUAUCCUUCUUCUCUCCCUUGUCCCUCCACAUUUGAACUGCAGUCAUGCGUUGGCAUCAUUUCCUCUGCUGCUUGCCCCUCCGUCUAGGUGUUUUGGUUAUUGCAGCUUUGACUCUUGCCGGUAGCACUCUUGUCGCUGUAGGCGCUUGGAUAAAUGUUCACAACAUCAUCAACCAUACACUUGAGCUCUCGAAAACCGCAGAAAUAACGGUGUACAUCGUCGCUGCUGUGUAUACUCUUGUUGCCAUUACAUCUCUCCUUGGGCUAGUAGGCGCCUUGACCGCGAGGCCAGGCCUCGUAUCUACCUUCAACAGUCUGCAAAUAGGAUCAUUCAUCAUCAGUUUGGCGAUUGGUGCAUACUCGUUAUACCUUCUGUUCAGCAACAAAUACGAGAUCGACACCUCUAAUUGCAUAAACUCUGUCGAUGCUAGCGCCGAUACCGCCAAGCAAGUCUGCGACACAGCGCUUAAAGUAUCAAAGGCUGUUGUUGUAGUCAUCUACGGCAUAAUAUGGCUCGUUCAAUUCUAUGGGCUCUUUAUCGUGCGUAGCUACGUUCGGGAACUGGAGGAGAAAAGGUUCGCGAGGUACAAGUACGUGACAGUCGCACCAUGAGACUUUUCGUGCUACUUGCAUUGUAAAUUUUACGGAUACCAAUGGACGCAUCAUGUAACACGAGUAGAACACAUGUUUUCUGAUCGACAUCCAUGCCUGAGCACAAAGGCGGCCUCUGCCGAAUUAAGCCCUAAUCCGCCUUGAGUCCUGCACGAGUGAUAUAUAUUGUGCCUCAUCGUUAGUGUACAACUUUCGUCUUCUUUGACAUUAUAUUUCAAGAUCAUGACUACAAUUACAGUGCCUUCAGCCAAGUCAACAAAUCCCGGUUGACUGCAUCUUUCGCCUCCCACAUCACCCAG